AUGUUUCUCCGCAUUGUCCUCGCAUGGACUCUCUAUAUUGUAUCAUACGUCGUCGUCGCAGCCCCAGCCCCAGCGCCUAUAGACUCGUCUCCCUCGUACAAGGUUUCUGGUGUUCAUACUGGAUCUAAGCGCCAAGCAGGUCAGAUCUGGCCAGCUCGACAUAAUAUCAAUGACCUAGUCAACAACAUCCCACAAUGGUCCCUCUUCGUCCAAGCCUACAAUCAAUGGCAACAGCAACCUGAAGAUUUUUUCGACUCGUACUAUCAGAUUGCUGGUAUACAUGGCAGACCUUACUACUCUUGGAACAAUGCGCCGCAAGGCCCAGGAUCUCCAACCACCGGCUACUGUACCCAUGGUAGCGUUCUUUUCCUGAGCUGGCAUCGCCCAUAUCUCGCUCUUUACGAGCAAGAAAUCGCGGCAAUCAUCCAGGAUAUCGUCCAAACCUACCCAGCUUCUAUGCAGCCCACCUGGCAAGUUGCAGCCGACCAAUUCCGCAUCCCAUACUGGGAUUGGGCGAGCAGCCCGAACAUGCCAGAUGUCGUCAGUCAACCAACGGUCCAGAUUACGAACUCGGCAGGACGAAACCAGACUGUCACCAACCCUCUGUACCAAUAUAGCUUCCAAAAUAUGCCCAUGAACCAAACGUGGUUUCCAACCAAUGCUGGAGAUGGAUGGCUUGCAAACUACCCACAGACGAUGAGAGGAGUUAAUACUAAGGGAGGACCUUCGAAUCCUGCUCUCUCGAAUUACUAUCUAAACUACUUUGGCUUGCAGAAGGGUAUCUGGUAUGCUCUCACAAGAAAUGCUGGAAUGUACAAUAAUUUCACCACGACAGCAACUCAAGGAUCUUCUAUAGAAGCCGUUCAUAAUAAUGUUCAUAUAGGUAUUGGAGCUAACUAUGGACACAUGUCGUUCUUAACCUACUCGGCUUUUGACCCGAUCUUCUGGUUGCAUCACGCAAAUGUCGAUCGACUCUACGCGCUCUGGCAAGCCAUGAACCCAGAUUCUUGGAUCACCCCGACUACGGAGCCCUAUGGUACAUUUGCACUUCCACCCGGUACUCCAGACAACGAAAACACCUCGCUCGAACCAUUCGCAUCCAGCGGCAGCUCACCAUACUACACUCCGGAUACUUCUCGCAUGCCAAACAUCUUCGGAUACACAUAUCCCGAGAUCCCAGACUGGAGCAUUCCUGCUUCACAGCUGACUGCCGAAGUUACAGCUCAGGUUCACACUUUGUACAAUCCCAGCAAUCAGUACAGGAAGCGUGCGGAUACCCCUGGAGAGGUGACAAAGGAGGUAAGCAUACACCGAUCUAAAUUUCCCCGAAUACUGAUGAUAAUUGUGUAUCAAGUCCAAGUCAACAAAUUCGACCUCCUCGGCACCCCUUUCAGCAUCCACCUCUUCCUUGGCCACGUCCCCGAAAACCCUCAAGAUUGGCUUAGUAGCCCCAAUCAAGUUGGCUCGACGGCGAUCUUCCCGCCUCCACACGUCGAUGGUACACCAUUUCCCGAGGUCCUUGCAUAUUCCGAGUUCAGCUUGGUUGAGGCUUUGAACGAUAAAGGCCAGGAUCAAGACGAUAUCGGUGCCGUGACGGAGUACCUGAAGCAGCAUUUGCAUUGGAAGGUGCAGAAGUUUGAUGGAACAGCUGUUCCUACCGACAAGGUUCCCAGUCUCGUCGUCAUGGUCCAGAACGAAGAUGUCACGAUGGCCAAGGAUACCACCGAGCUACCUACCUACUCCAACAUCACGGUCGUCCCCGAGAUCACAAGUGGCCAAGCUGGUGGUUUCUCUAGAUAG